AACAAUACACACACUACCUCGAUAAAAUCUACCAGGAUCCAGAAGAAUCACUACAUCUAUCAACCAAUCAACCCACCACAGAAAUAUAUCGACCAUGAAAUCAACACCUACUACAUCCUCCGCCCGCCUCCAAAACGACUUCGGAGCUGAUCUAUGGGUGAAGAAUCGUCCUAAGCAUCACCCCACAGCAGGCCGCGGCCUCUUCGCCGGCCUGCAAGAUACCAAGAACUACAAUGUGGAAUCAGGCUGGGCGAAGCGCAGUAAUGCGGAAAGUCAGGGGUUUCUGGGAGGGUUGUUGAGUCGGUUUAUUGGGGGGUCUUAUAAGCCUCCUACUGAGUAGGGUAUGGAUGGAUAUGAUGGAUUAUGGUGGAUUGGGUUGGGCUUGGUGUUUGGGAUUGGGUAGCGUUAGAUUGAUUAUACUAUUUCACCGAAUUAAAGUGUGUUAUGAUGUAUUCAGUAUACUAUGCAUCUGCACUACUAACAUGUAUGAUGGAGUAGUUCAACGAACUCUUACAGUAGACUGACUAGAUACAUACUAAUACUGCCUAUUUCAAUACUACUAUAAACAUAAAACAAAGUCAAAAAGCAGC